UCUAUUACAGAGAGGGGAGGAAGAAGAGAAAUUACUGAAAGACAGCAUAUUGUUAGAGAACGGUUCGAUUAAAUGUUGGUACUUUUUGAUAAUUUUUAUCAAUCUGUCAUUUUUACAAUAUGGAGGAAAAUUUGUUUGUUAGACUAGAAUAUAUUAACGUUUUUUUUUUUUGUGUUUUUUUUAUGCUUAAUAAGAUGCGCAAUUCCCAUAACACUUCAGUUUAUGUGGUUAUAUAAUUUUUAUUUAUCCUUCUACGGUAAAAAUACAGUUUGAUGAUGAUAGUGGAAGUAAAUUUUUCUUAUACGAUGUUUUUGGAAUAGUUUUUCAAUAAACAUGGUUAAUAGUCUAUACAAGAUCUUCUUUUGUAGCGUAAAUUAUGUCUGAACAAUUUAAAAUAAUUUCUUGAAAUUUGAUGAAGUAUAAAUAAAAUUAUUUGACAUAUGGUAGUAAAAGUAGACUUUUUCUUCUUAUUUUGAUUUUUAUAUUUUCUCUUAGAAAAAUGAUGAAAUGAAUAGUGAUGAUAAAAUCAUUUUAUUACUGUUAAAUAUUAGUCGUCGAUUAUCUAUUGAAUAAAAAAAUUCUAAUGACUAAUACAACAGAAUUAUAUUAUUAUGUUGAAUUAACUAAGACAAUAUCAAAAAUUUUUUCACCACUUAUUUUAAUAUUAUGUGCUGUAGGUAAUUUAUUAUCAUUUUUUUGUUUUAAUUAGUCGUCGAUUACGUAAACAAGUAACAGCUUGUUAUUUAGCUGCUUUAUGUAUAAUUGAAAUUGGUACAUGUUUUACUGGAUUAUUAAGACAAUUUAUUCUUGAUGCAUUUAAAAUUGAUAUACGUACAAUGGAACAAUUAACAACAAAUAUUUAUAUUCGUACAACAUCAUGUCGUAUUCAUAUUUAUUUAACAUAUGUAUUUCUUCGUUUAUCUCCUAUUAUUCUUGUUAUAGUAACAAUUCAACGUUAUCUAUA